AGCAACGAUUUUAUGAACUUACUAAGUUAGCUGCGCAAUUGCGAGGUUUAUUACAGGACAAUAAUUUAAUGGAGACAAUGGAACCAGAAACAAUGUCGUCAGCGGAGAGAGCGAUGCGACACGGACAGAUGAAGCAGUUGAAAGAUAUGAGAAGACAAUAUAAACAUAAAGCCGCAGAGGAAUCUAAACGUAAGAAACGUCUUAAAGUAGAUAGUUGGGAGAUUGUAGAUGAUAAGACGGAAGAUGACAACGUUUUGGACAUCCGUGAUAUUGAGUUCCAUAUGACGAAUGACGCUCAAAGAAUCCGAGCAUUAAUAUCAGGGUCUAGUGCUUCAAGUGGACGGGACCUUAUCAUGUUGAAGGUUAUUUUUUUUAAUAUUUGUUAAGCUAGCACGACCGCCGUUCCUGUGAAGUGACAAUGCAGUCGAUAGUACGCGCUAGCUCAAUAGAUAGCUGUUCACUCUCUUUUUGAAGGCAAUACGACAAUUUAUGAUCUAAGUACCUAUUUUAUUUGUUUCCAUACUGCUUUAUCUAUAUAACAUUGAAAGGUUUUCUUUCAUUUUUUACGAGGUGUUGCCCGCAACUUCGUCCGCG